UUGUUUUGAGAGGAUAUUCUACAAUCCUCGGUAGUGUUCAGUGGGCGCCACCUAUUCAACGGCGAUGGAUCACCUAAGUAAUGUGAUAUGCGGUGGUAUCGCAGGGUUUGCAGCAGAUGCACUCCUAUAUCCGCUGGACACACUAAAGACACGGAGCCAGCUAGAACGGAACCUACAAAUCGAACGACGUCAUAUGAGACACAUACCUCGAUAUAGGUCGCUAUAUACCGGAUUUUUCGUUUUAGCCUUAGGUGACGUACCAUCAACAGCUGCAUUUUAUGGUAUUUAUGAAUUUACUAAAGAUGUUUUGAAUGGAGAUCAAGGAAAAGGGAACGGUUGGAUACCUCUCCCAGUAGUUCACCUUCUGGGUUCAUCUUGUGGGCAAUUUUGUUCACUUUUGAUUCGGAACCCGUUUGAGGUUAUCAAACAACAAAUGCAAGCAGGUCUAUAUUCGACAUCGUACGAAACCUUUCGUUCGAUUCGUCGUACUCAAGGGUACAAGGGAUUGUAUGCUGGUUUUUUUCCAACACUCAUGCGUGAAGUACCUUUCGAUGGAAUACAAUUUGUACUGUGGGAACGUUUAAAAACUCUACAAUCCGCUAAAAGAUUUUCACAAUAUAUCGCAACCAAGGCCGAUGUCACCAACGACACAGGAGAUGUGGUAGUAUCAGCCUUAUGUGGUUCAUUCGCAGGUGGCUGUGCAGGUAUUGCAACCGUGCCGCUAGACGUGGUAAAAACCAGACUUAUGACCCAGGGUUCCGCAAAAACGUAUGCGUCUGCCACAGAGUGUGCACGGAGAAUAGUCCGCGAAGAAGGCGUCCGUGCACUGUUUUCAGGAAUGUGGAUUCGUACGGCAUGGAUUACGCUAGGCGGAUUUGUAUUCUUUGCCACUCUAGAAUUAGGAAAGUUAAAAAUACGACCUGUUUUACGUGGUGAACCUUAUGAUUCCACUUAUCGCAAUCACACACCAUAGCGACUUAGACAC